AUGGUUAAGCUGACAGUGUGUACGGCUCGCAGCACCACCUCCACCAAAUCCGCCUCCUCCUCCAGCAGCAGCACCGCCACCUCCACCAAAUCCGCCUCCUCCUCCAGCAGCAGCACCGCCACCUCCACCAAAUCCGCCUCCUCCUCCAGCAGCAGCACCGCCACCUCCACCAAAUCCGCCUCCUCCUCCAGCAGCACCACCACCACCUCCACCAAACCCGCCGCCUCCUCCAGCACCACCACCGCCUCCUCCAGCACCACCGCCUCCUCCAGCACCAGCACCACCGCCUCCAAAUCCUCCGCCACCGCCUCCUCCUCCAAAUCCUCCGCCACCUCCUCCACCGCCACCUCCACCAGCACCACCGCCUCCUCCUCCUCCUCCUCGAGCUAA